AUGAGCCACCCAUCAUUUGAGAAGGAAAUAGCAGGAAGCAAGCAUCUUGGUGCUGGCUACGCACCUAGUCCUCUAAUAUCCUCGAAACUUGGGAACAAGCAACCUUCAAUCGACGAGCCCUCAAGCAAGAUGGACGUUGUUCAAACCGGUAUGGACAAGAUACUUGCAAAACUAGCUUCCAGUUCGCAGUCAGCUGGAAAGAAGACACCGUUGCCUCGAGGUAUUGCAGGGAAGGUCGAUGAUAAGCAGCCUUUGCAGAAUAUGGACCAAUCUCGCGAAUCACGCUCUAUCAGCAGCCCCUCUCAAAGAAGCAACCAUGAUCAGUCGAUUUUUGCUAAAGCUACCACGCACCAAGGUAUCAUGGUCUCCGCUGGAGCUCCCGGCAUGCUUGACAACAUGAACGAGAGAUCUGGAAUCGACGCAACUGAAAUGCUUCGUUUGCAACGAGAAUUAAUUGCAGCCAACUCGCGUAUUGCACAGCAAGAACAAGAAUUGGCAGAGACCCGCGUCAUCAAACACACUUUGGACCAAGCCCUUGGGCCACCAUCUGAAGCUGAAUUCGUUGAUCGCGACACCACCAACCACAACAUUCGGGAUUCUCAAACUGCGUUCAACGCUUCUGCAAAGGGGUUCAAACAGGAACACGAUAUUUGGACGCAAGAUGAUGCUCACUCGGACAUUUCUGAAUCUUUCUCCGCUGGAGCGUUCAAUGCAAACCGAAACUUGUGGGGGUUGCCUAGCCAGACGGCGUUUGGCAUCCAAGGCACCGACAAGGCCUAUCAUGGUGCUUCUCACGGCAUGCAAGAUCCUACAUCUCAAGCCUGGACGCAUUCAGGUAGCAACACGGGCAUGACUGCACCUGCUGUCCCUCAACAGCAGCGGAUCUUCUCAGGACCAUCUCCUGCUGUAGAUGGAAGGUUGAUAGGCGAACCCUCUUUCAUUGGGGGCAUUGGCCCUGGUUUACGACGCUCUGUCUCGCAGAUGAAUCGAGCACCAGCCUACUUUCAACCUGUGCCGUCGACAUGGGCAGCAUUCAACAACGCAGUCACAAACAACGCCGCUGCCAAGGCUUCUCUGAACACCACCUUCAAUGCCUAUCAGCAAGUUGGACUCAUUCCCAUACCUCAAUACCAGCCGCGUCCUAUUGGCACACCUCUAUCGCCUACAGCUGCCGAGUUUACCUCCAAUAGCCCAGGCCCCAAUCCCUGGCCAGCAAUAUCUACUGGAGGGGCCUCCUCGCCAACCUAUGUUAUGCCGAUGGAGCCACUCAAUUAUCGGCGCUUGCUUGACAAGAACGUGUCCUGUGACUGGAAGUACAUUGUUGACAAAAUUGUCGAUAACAGCGAUCAGCAGGCUUCCAUAUUCCUCCAGCAAAAACUAAAAGUGGGAACAGCAGAACAAAAGUUCGAUAUCAUUGAGGCAAUUGUGAGCCAGGCUUAUCCUUUGAUGGUCAACCGUUUCGGAAAUUUCCUUGUUCAGCGCUGCUUUGAGCAUGGAACCCCCGAGCAGGUUAUUGCAAUCGCCAAUUCCAUCAAAGGUAAUACUUUGAGUCUCAGCAUGGACGCUUUCGGUUGCCAUGUCAUCCAAAAAGCAUUUGAUUGUGUGCCCGAAGAGCACAAAGCUAUGAUGGUUCACGAACUGCUGCGACGCAUUCCUGAAACUGUCAUCCAUCGCUACGCGUGCCAUGUUUGGCAGAAGCUUUUCGAAUUGAGGUGGAACAACGAACCGCCUCAAAUCAUGACCAAGGUCAACGAAGCGCUUCGCGGCAUGUGGCACGAGGUAGCUCUAGGAGAAACCGGAAGCUUGGUGGUCCAGAACAUCUUUGAGAACUGCGUUGAAGAUGAAAAGCGUCCCGCCGUCGAAGAGGUACUGGCAAAUAUCGAUCUUCUCUCUCACGGUCAAUUUGGAAAUUGGUGCAUCCAGCACAUCUGCGAACAUGGUGUCCCCCGUGACAAGAAUCGUGCAAUCGAGCACAUACUUCUAUGGUGUGCAGACUAUAGCAUGGACCAAUUCGCUUCGAAAGUCGUCGAAAAGUGCCUGAAAAUUGGAGGACCGGAGUUUCUGGAUCGCUAUUUGGCGCGUGUUUGCACUGGGCGUGCAGAUCGCCCUCGUAUGCCUCUCAUCGACAUUGCUGGUGAUCAGUAUGGUAACUACCUGAUUCAGUGGAUUCUGGUCAAUGCUGCACCUCAUCAGCGCGAAUUGGUAGCUACCCAUAUCAGGAAGCACAUGGUCUCUCUUCGCGGCUCAAAGUUCGGUUCUCGUGUUGCAAUGCUGUGCUGCAAUCCUUCUCUCGCGACUCGACCUGGUCCUGGCGCGGGCCUUCAAGUGAAUCGAUUCACAACGCCAAACGAUGAACGCUUGCAGGCUGCAGGUACUUCUGGUAGCCGAUUCGGCCGUGGUAAUCACUGGACCCAGAACUAUCCACCGUUUCGCUAA